AUGGAUGCGCUCAACUCCAGUUCAAGCCUCCAGCUUCACUCCCGCCCUGCCAACGCCACCGGGGGGCCGUGGGCUGUGGCUGCGGGCUGCGAGCAGCGGCCCGCCGGUGCGCUCUUCAACCUGAGCUUGCGGGUCAUCGUCGUCAUCGUGGGUCUGCCGGCCAACGUGAUCGUGCUCUGGCUGCUCCUGCGAAAGAGAGGCAUCUCCUCCAGCACCGAUGUCUUCAUCUUUCACCUCGCGUUCCUGGACACUUUCUUCACCUUCCUGCUGCCCCUGCGGCUGGUCAACGUGUUUGUCCUUAACAACAACAAAUCGAUCUGGCACGCCCAAGAGUUUGCUUAUGGCGUCAAAGACAUGGGGGGCCCUCUGCUGCUGUGCUGCAUCUGCCUGGACAGGUACAUGGCGGUGCUGCACCCCAUCAUGUUCUCCAGCUUCAAAGAUCAGAAGUACAGGGCUGUCUUCACGGCCACGGUGCUGGCCGUCACUGUGGCCUACGCGCUGGCCAAGACCAUCGGAGGGAUCCUGAACUUUGACAAGAUCUUCACUGUCAUGAUCCUCUCUGCCUUCAUCUUCAUGGUCUUCUGCAACCUCUCCAUCCUGUGGGCUCUGAGGCGCUCGGGACCGGGGCGAGACGAGAUGCAUCCCAUGAAGAAGAAGGCCUUCAGGGUGGUUCUCUCGAUUCUGGGUAUUUUAGUAUUCAAUUACCUCCCCCCGGUGGCCCUCUUCCCCUUCCAGGGCUAUUUCUCCGCCGAUGUCUUUAUUUGCUAUGUGCAGGAUGUUGCUUUCUCUUUCUACAACAUCAGCAGCAGCACUCAGCCUUUGCUGUACCUCUCCGGAGUGCGGAAGUUACCUUGCCUGUCAAGCUCAAUCUGUAAACUGUGCUGCACAGCAGACACACCUGGCCAAUGA